UCGCAGUGCGGGUACGCGGAGAUGUCGGCGGGGAGGAUCCAGCUACAGUAUUGACGUUAUUCCAGGCUGUACGCAAGAGCUAUUUCUCAUCAGAGCUGCAGUGAACUAUAGAGCAAAGAAUGGGAAGGAGGAUACGUGGUGCUUUUUACGCUGAAAGUCUGGCUGUCUCCACCGAACACCGACUUUUGCUCUUCAGCUGCAUCUUCAGGAGGGACUAGCUUCGGGACAAGCGAGCAAGCUAGCGAGCAGUAACGUUACAGGCUAGCUUCGCAGCGGAGCUAGCUUGCUAGCUAAACUGCUGCCUUAUUGUGGCCCGCAACGAACCUCCCAGCUAGCAUCCGUCGCAUGCACAGAAAGAAAAAAUGGUGUACCUGUUAAAUCCUAUAGAGAACCUGAGAAGCUACAUCAACAACCGUCCACCGCUGGUCAUUUUUAUGAUCAGUGUCAGUGCAGUAGCCAUCGCCUUCCUGACCAUCGGGUAUUUCUUCAAGAUUAAGGAGAUCAAGUCUCCAGAGUUGACAGAGGACUGGAACACCUUUCUGCUGCGCUUCAAUGAGCUGGAUUUUUGUGUGUCAGAGAACGAAACAAUAAAGCAUGGUCUGAACGAGUCGACCACACCAGAGAGCAUGGUCGUGACCAGUGGCCAAGCUCGUUCCAGCACCCAGGUUCCCCUCCUGCUGGAGGACUCGGGUCCCAUCAACAUCUCAGUCCCCAUCACCCUCACGCUGGACCCCCAGCGCCCGUUUGGAGGGUACUCUCGCAAUAUCACUCACCUGUACGCCACAGUGCUGGGGCAGCAAGUUGGCCUGUCUGGCCGAGAAGCCCAUGAAGAAAUAAACAUCACUUUCACCCUGCCUGUAUCCUGGAACUCAGACGAGUGUGUACUGCACGGCCACUGCGAGCAGGUGGUGUUCAGCACUUGCAUGACCAUCACAGCGGCCAGCAAUAUCUUCCCAGUCACAGUGCAGCCGCCACACUGCGUGCCAGAGACAUACACCAAUGCCACAUCUUGGUACAAGGUGUUCACCACAGUCCGCGACUCUGAUACCAAGUACAGUCAGGACUACAACCCCUUCUGGUGUUACAAAGGAGCCAUCGGCAAGGUGUACCACGCACUCAACCCAAAGCUUACUGUCAUCGUUCCUGAUGACGACCGUUCCCUCAUCAACCUGCACCUGAUGCACACGAGCUACUUCCUGUUUGUCAUGGUCAUCACUAUGUUCUGCUAUGCAGUCAUCAAGGGGCGGCCUGGCAAAGUACGGCAAACCAACCCCGACUUCUGCCCUGAGAAGGUACAACAGACACCAGCAGUGCUAUAUGACGAGAACAGGUGGCAUUGUCAGAGGGUUAAAAAGACAUCAGAGAGCUAUGUCAGAACUUACCUGUAACAUGGACAAACUCAAAGAAACAGAAGAAAUAUAAAUAAACAUACCAGUUGCCUAGUGAACCCUGGAAAUAAAUAAGGGACACAAAAGCUCUGUGAAUGCAUUACUCUUGCAAUGUUGGGUUUUUCCAACCAAAGAUAUACAAGUGCCUGUAUCUGUCGUGUAAAUAUUUGUAGGAACUCUGAUAUUCUGUGCAAAACCUUUUUUUUUCCUCUUUGUUUAUUAUUAUUUUUGCCUGAGUCCCCUUGUGCCAUGUCAGAACAUGCAGUACAUAAACACGGCAGAAGGCCAGAUCCAAGAACAACACAGCCAUUUUUCUAGUAGUCAUUCGGCCUCAUUUACCAAGUAAAAAAGAAAAACCACAGAGUAGUGGGUCACAAGACACGUUGGCAUUUAUCAGAGUUCAGUUAUGAGUUUAGCGUGUUGUGUUUGGAUAUCUCCGAACCGUCUGUAAACAAAGUAUUUUUAUCUCCCAUGAUGAGAAAACAUGAUGUUUAGUCCCUUGAAAUGUGUUUAAGUGCACUAAACAUGCUUGACUACUCAGGUCGAGAUAAAUGCUCGAGGAUAAGAUGCUUGCGACACAUUUAUAAUUAAAUCUUCAAUAUGCACUUGUCACUGCAGCUUCAAAAGGGAAGGGAAUGAAUUUGGCACUUUUCUCUGCACUAGGCCCAACAAACAGUGUAAUUAAACGUCUGACCAGAAUUUGGACAUCGCAUUAAAUCUGUUCAAACGUAGGAAUUAAAUAACGGUUCAGUGUGCAGGAUUUAAGGACAAAAAUUGGCAGAAAUGGAAUAUAGUAUAAUAAGUAUGUUUUCUUUCGUGUGUAAUCACCUAAAAAUAGAAAUCAGCGUGUUUUCGUUACCUCAGAAUGAGCUGUUAAUAUCUAGAGGGAGCAGAUCCUCAUCCACAGAAAUCACCAUGUUGGUUCUACAGUAGCCCAGAACAGACAAACCAAACACUGACUCUUGUAGGGCUGCCUCAGACAAAGAAUUUUCCUAGUCAACCAAUAAUGGUCAUUUAGGGCCAUUAGUAGACUAGUCACCCUCAUGUUUACGAUAUUAGUUUCAUAGAGAAAUACAAAAGCGUACUAAUGAACCUUCAUUAAUAUAGACCUAUAUUUUAUCUACAAGUGCACGUCACACACUGAGCGAGCCGCCUGUUAAUGACGCUGUGGGCUAAUGGGCAUGUAGCUACUUCCAUGUUUCAGAUGAUACGUCAUGUUUGUAGUCGACCAAUGAAGAUGAAUUUACAUAUCACCUUGGGUUCGUCCUUCACCUUCUCAAAAUGAUCCCACACUUUGGAUUUCCUGCCUGACAUAUUAUUGACUAGCCUGUGGAAUAACCGCAGGUACCAGCCCUGGAAAUUAACCUGACUCCUGUCUGACUGCUGAGCGUGGCCACUUCCUGUGCCUGUCCUUUCAAAUUAAAUUCCCACAUGGUCCAGUCAUAUAGGGUUUGAUUUAUUUUGACAAGACGCAGCUCCUGAUAGAGUUUCUGACUAAUGACCUUUCUGGACUAUUAGGGGGCAGCCGUAGACCCUAGAAAGCAGUAUUUGCGUUUUUAAGUCAGCUACCAUAAUUAGCAGCCCCUCGGCAGUGGGUGCGCCGGAAAAACACUGAUUGUUUUAACGUGAAACUGCUUUAUUCUGCACUUUUAGCUGUUCAGACCUCUGCAAAUAAUUUAUCUCCCGGUAAAUCUCCUGAACGUCUGGAUUUUAAGUUAUCAGGAAAAAAAAGAACACAUAUUAGAAGCCGCUAGGCUAGCGACACGUCUCCGGCAUGCCAAAUAGUGUCGGAGAAACGCUGAUUUGUAACAUGAAACUGCUUUAUUCAGUGUUUUUACCGGUUUAAAUCGCCUGGUCGGUUUGUUUUGGAGAGAAAGAGACCUCUGUGGAUAAUUGGCUCCCGUUAAAAACCUCCUGACCAAUAAACACUGAAGGAAUACUAACCAGGAGAAGUUUCAGCUGCUUGCAAAGUGCAGUCCUCACCACUAGAUGCCACUAAAUCCCCCCAAAUCUUACACAUUGAACCUUUAAUAGAACUCCAGUUAUAUAAGCUCUGUCCCAGAUUAUCAGCUAUGUUCCCUGUUUGUCUGCAGUGUCAGUAAAGGUGGAUUAAAGUAUUUAGAUGAUUGCACUGUGCACAUUAAUAUAUAAACAGAACACAACACCAACAGUAAAGUUAAUGAGCCCCAUUGUCUCGGUUUGUCUCCUAUUCGGCUUAUCAGUAAGUCCACUUUAAUGGCAGUUAAAUAAGCUGUGGAACUUCCUGUGGUCCGUGUUGAAAAUUGUUUUUGUUUUUUACUUUAAGACAAAUAGAUGUUGUCACACUUAAACAAUGUGAUUUUUCUGCCUUUUGUUUUCCUUCCUCUGUGGCUUCAUCACUCACCUGCCUCUUGUUUUGUUUUUUGUUUUUUGUUUUUUAAUUUGCUGCCUGUCGCUCUGCAGCAGUUUUGUAGUUUUGGCUUUGACACUAAAUGUUCAGUACUUCUUUGUUGCACCUGGAUGAAGCGAAACAUUAUCUUGCCUUACCUACAGUGGACUUGCUUGCUUGAAAACAGACGGAGGAGAUCGUCUUUUCUCCUUCCAACAUUAACUCGCCGGUCCCUUCUUCCACAGCCAUGCUUCUCUUUUUGUUUCCUAUGAUGAGCCUGUGGUUUGAAAUCAAACUUGUGAUUUUUGUCCUAUUAAUGUAAAUUGUCAAGUGGCCCUGGAGUCAUUAUAUUUUAGGAUGCUUUUGAAUUACUUGUGCUUUAAUUUUUAAGUGAAUCAUUAUCAGUUGCACGUGUUCAUGUGUUUGCAUAGUUAGUGCACCUUUAUAUUUCUUGCACAUUUUGUUUUUAUUUGCUCCUGUGAUUAUUUUUUAUUUUGUCCAAGGUCACAUGUAAACAGUCUGAUAUUGAACUAUAUAAACUUUGUUUCAGUUUGACUCCUUCUAAAAAUAAAUAUAAUUAUAUAUUAGUAUAUAAUUAUAUUUGUAUAACUAUGGUAAUAUAUUUAUGAUUAAAUCAUUUAAUUUUUAUUAUUUUGUAGGACAACAAAAACGUGCAAAAACUUGCUUGGUGUGCAAAAUGUGUGUAAGUGAGUUUGGGAAAUGUUUAGAUAAAUAAAGGCGGCCUUAGACUGUGAUUAUCUGAAAACGCCCGGUAUUGACAGGAUACACUGUAGAAAAAAAGUUAAAUUAUCAAAUGCUUUUAGAGGCUGCUGCUAAACAAAAUGUUUAAAAAUUAAAGUAGUGCAAAACCAAUAAAUUUACAAACAUUUUUCUUAAAGUUUUUACGGAGAAAUACCCUUUUUUUUUUUUAAGAGUUUUAAAGUUUUUUUACAGGUAAAUUAUUAAGAUUAGGCAUCUUCAGUAUAAUGAUGGCAUUAAAAGUUUUACAGAAACACACUUACUUUACAUUUUUAUCCUGAAUUUUAACGAUUAAAUACCUUCAGUUAAGUGAAACACUGUCGAAUGACCGACCAAACAAAAACCAUGAAACCAAUAAAUUUCUUGAAACUUUCAUGAAAGGUUUUGCAGAGUACUUCUACAUGUAAAGGCAUUUAUUAAAUUUUCAAAUCUAUAUUUACUCGAGUGCACCUCCCUGACUUCCUGCAAAAUUUAGUACAUUUCCCUGAAUUUUUGUGACUCGUGUUGUGCUGAAACCAACUGUAGCUUUAAGAAUUUAUGCUUUCCAUCAUUCAUAUUUUGAGACUUUGACAAUCAUUUAUUUUAAAUGUACUGAAUUAUAUUCGCAAACUGCUCUAAUUAGAUUGCUGUUGACGUUUAAAUUUUGAGUCACCGACCACUACCUGCUGUGCUGUUUUGACACAAAUAUAAAAUCUAUUAAUUAUCAGAUUUGUCAGAUCGUUGCUUGGAGCAGACGCCGUGUUAAAUCCAAACCUCCCAAGAGAAUAAAAACAGUCUAAGUCCACCUUUAACGCCUGUUAUGUACGACUUUUUUUCAAUAGCAAUUACUGAUACAUUUUACUUACCUCUAUGUUAUAAUUUUGUUCCAUAAUUGAUGUACCUGUUGAAUGUACUUUUUUAUAUAAGCAGCAUAAUCUAAAUCUGAGAUGCAAGAAUUCCAAGUGAUUUUAAACUAUGAUGUAGUUUUUUCAGUUUUAAAAGGCUUUACUUGAAUUGUGUUUUUGUUUCGAGUGGUAUUCAUAUAUUAUAAGGUUUAUCCUUUUCGUGGCAGAAAUGAAUCUCUUGUCACAUUAUUGUAUCGAACACUUUGUACAUUUAUUGUUUGAUUUCCGUGUGUUCCUUGGCGAACGAGUGGAAGGUUGUUGAUACCUUUUUCUUUCCAUAUUGAAUGAUGCUAGGACAAGUCUUCCUAAUUAUGAUGUGUAUCAUAUUUGAGCAUGGAUCUGCUGCUUCUAUCGUCAUCACUUGCUCCUGUGCUUUCACGCUGGGGCUCAUGCUUUUCUUUUAUUUUGGAAGAUCUGGCAGCUCUUAUUGGACGGUUGGAAAUUUUGAGUGUUGGCUGGGGAGCGUGUGAGGUUUGGCAGGGUGUGUGUGAGUGAUGAGGAGUUGAAGAUGUGAACGAAGCAUGCCGUUUUCUUGCCAAACCAUCACAGUUAACGUUGGUGACUCGCAUUUCCCUGCUUCUUAUCCCUCCUUGUGUGAUUUAUUUUGUUCAUCUUUGGUUAGAUUGCAUCACUAUAAUUGCGAAAUGCCUUAACAUUGUACAGUUUCAUUUAAGUUUUCUUUCUUUCACAUAUCAUAUAUUGUAAAACACACCAGCUUUACAGAAAUAAAACCCAAGCAAUGCUCAUUUUAUCACAUGGGAGCUACGAGAAGCUCACAUUACCGUGCUUGUGAAGUGUACAUUUCGAGAAAUGGGUUUGAAAAAGGAGCAGAUGCUUGGCUGUUGGUGGUUUUUCAACUACUCCACUAUAUCACUACAGACUGGAGUAAAAACAGAGGAGCCAUGGUCUCCUGAGUUGCAUCAUCUCUCAGCGUUCUGGGCUUGACAUUAAGCAAAACACACAAGUCUCCGAUAUAAGGCUGCCAUUUCACCUCGUUAUCCUUUCUGUCAUGUUCGCAGCGCUUACAGGCAAGUAUUAAGCCAACUCUGUGCCUUCUGCACUAUCGAGCUGCAUCCUCCUCCCUGUACAUACAGUAGAUAGGACCGUAGGUUUAAUGUGGCUAGGACGUCAUUCGAACCCUUUUCCUCUCCAGUGGAACUGCUGUAAAUGAAUCCAAGUUUAAAUAAACUGUCUCUAAAGUUCAA